UUUUCUCACACCUUCAUUUCCUACUUCUUGCCAUUCCCAUCCUCCCCUCCCUAUUUUCUCAGUAACCAAACACACCAAAAAAACAUGGGGCCGUACCGAUCAUCGCCGAUCGUGGCGGUCCUCCUCCUCACGAUCUUCUCCGUCUCAUCGGCCCUUGACAUGUCGAUCAUCUCCUACGACAGCAACAACCACCUCGGAGACAGCAAGUCGUCGGGCAGCUGGAGGACCGACGAUGAGGUGAUGUCGAUAUACGAGGGGUGGCUGGCGGAGCACGGAAAGGCAUACAACGCUUUGGGAGAGAAGGAGAGAAGGUUCCAGAUCUUCAAGGACAACCUUAGGUACAUCGACGAACAAAACUCCAAGAACCUCAGCUACAAGCUCGGUCUGAACAGGUUCGCCGAUCUGUCGAACGAGGAGUACCGGAACACUUACCUUGGCGCCAAGACCCGCGCGCAGAUGAAGCGGGUGUCCAACAGGAACACCAAGAGCGACCGGUACGAGCCACGUGUCGGCGAUUCGUUGCCCGACUCCGUUGAUUGGAGGAAGGAGGGCGCGGUAAGUGCAGUCAAAGACCAAGGCAGCUGUGGGAGUUGCUGGGCAUUCUCAACUAUCUCCGCCGUGGAAGGUAUCAAUAAGCUAGUCACCGGCGAUCUCAUCUCCCUAUCUGAGCAGGAGCUGGUAGACUGUGAUAGAACGUACAACGAAGGCUGCAAUGGAGGUCUUAUGGACUAUGCCUUCGAGUUCAUCAUCAACAAUGGCGGCAUUGAUAGCGAAGAGGACUAUCCUUACAAAGGAUAUGAUGCCACAUGUGACACCUACAGGAAAAAUGCCAAGGUUGUUUCGAUUGACGAUUACGAAGAUGUUCCUACAUACAAUGAGAAAGCACUGCAGAAGGCUGUUGCCAAUCAGCCAAUUGCCGUUGCCAUUGAAGGGGGUGGCAGAGACUUCCAGUUGUAUAUCUCCGGUGUGUUUACGGGACGUUGUGGGACAGCACUAGACCAUGGUGUUACAGUUGUGGGAUAUGGCACAGACGACGGACUUGAUUACUGGAUAGUGAGAAACUCAUGGGGUGGAAGCUGGGGAGAGGAGGGAUACAUCAGGAUGCAGCGUAAUCUGGGCAACACCGCCAAUGGGAUAUGUGGAAUUGCCAUGGAGCCUUCUUACCCCAUCAAGGAAGGCCAGAAUCCCCCUAACCCUGGCCCUUCUCCUCCGUCGCCGGUAAAGCCCCCGUCAGUUUGUGACAACUACUACUCCUGCCCUGAGAGCAACACCUGCUGCUGUAUCUAUGAGUAUGCAAACUAUUGCUUUGCUUGGGGAUGUUGUCCACUUGAAGGUGCCACCUGCUGUGACGACCAUUACAGUUGCUGCCCAAGUGACUAUCCCGUGUGUGAUGUCAAUGCCGGAGCUUGUCUGAUGAGCAAGGGCAAUCCGCUGGGGGUGAAGGCAUUGAAGCGCACCCCCGCAAAACCUCACUGGGCCAUUGGUGGUGGAAAGAGCAGCAGUGCUUAAGCAAACACAUAAACCUUGAUGCAGUGGUUUAACAAAAUUUAAGAAAGAAGAAAACCAGCAAAGCAUGCUUGAUAUUACCUUCUUCGUUAAUCAUACCCGCGAUUACGCUCUUAAUCAUAAUUUAGAUUCCAAGAAAAGGAUGGUUUCUCAUGGAUUACUUCAGACGCUGAUUUGUAUAUAGGGCUCUAUCUAUUAUGUGUUGCAUUUUAUCAGUUGAAGGAUUUACGGAUUGUUGUGAAUUUAGCAAAUAUACUCUGUAAAAUCUGUCAUGACUUUGGCAUUGUCUUUUAUCAAAAGUGCUUCAUUCCCAAUACUCGUUGUAAUUUGCUUAAUAAAUGGAACAUGAUAUUUCAUUUC